AUGCAGACGCCAAUUGGCCGCAAACCGGCCUUCAUGAGCAAGUUGUAUCUUGCGAUUGUGCCGAUAAUUCUGUCGACUCUGCUGCUCAGCGAUGCGCUGGCAAGCAAGGCCGCCUUGGUCGCCUUCCAAAGAGACCCCUCUUCAAGCAGAGGAUCAAGGCGAUCGUCCAGGAGAGAUGGGCAGUCAUCUAGGAGAUCUGCAGAUGGUGAAUCCGAGGCACCAGAACGUGUUUUAGGUCGAUCAUCUUCAAAGGCCUCUUCGCAGACACCAUGGACCAAAUACAUGCAGAGGUUUGACAUUCCUAGGGUACAUGGAUCGGGAAUUUUUGUCGACCUCGGUGGAUCUGAAACAGUGAAUAGAAAGAGCUAUCGUAUGCCCAUCGGAAAGUGUCCUGUAAUGGGCAAAGUUAUUGAACUUGCCAAUGGAGCCGACUACCUGGAUCCCAUUUCCUCGGAAGACCCCAGUUACAGGGGUUUGGCCUUUCCCGAAACUGCUGUCGAAAACCCUGCUACUACUACAACUGCUCCUAGGGGAAGAUCGCGCAGCCAACCAAGCAGCGUGCAGCUCUCUCCAGUUGCAGCUUCCGAUUUACGCCGAUGGGGGUACACAGGUAACGAUGUUGCAAACUGUGCAGAGUACGCAAGUAACAUUGUACCCAAUUCAGACAAGCUAACUAAGUACAGGUAUCCCUUCGUCUUUGACGGCAACGAAGAGAUGUGUUAUAUCCUCUUCUCAGCUAUGCAGUAUAACCAGGGUAGCAGGUACUGCGACAACGACGGUUCCGCAGAUGAAGGUUCCAGCUCACUGCUUUGUAUGAGGCCGUACAAGAGCACUGAAGAUGCAAAUUUGUACUAUGGUUCUGCCCGACUUGACCACGACUGGGAGGAAAAUUGCCCGAUGCAUCCUGUCAGGGAUGCUCUGUUCGGUAAGUGGGUAUCUGGAUCCUGCGUGGCGUUGACACCAGCGUUCCAAGAAUACGUCAACACUUUCGAAGAAUGUUCGGCAUUGUUAUUCGAGAACUCUUCCACUGAUAUCGACAUUAAUGUCAACAGGGAGAAUUAUAACGAACUUGACGAGCUCUACUCCGGAAUCAAAAGAUUGGAUCUCAGCAGGAUUGCCACGGCACUUUUCUCGCCAUUGGCAACGACUGGUGGUACGUCGACCGCUUCCAGGGGUGUAGGAAUGAACUGGGCAAAUUACGAUAGUGACAGCGGUUUGUGUCGCAUCCUUAAUGAAAUUCCAAACUGUCUCAUCAUUAGCGCUGGAAGUAUGGCGUUGACUGCCAUAGGUUCACCGCUGGAAAAGGAUGCCAUUGACUUCCCUUGCAACAUCGACACAAACGGUUACAUCGAACCGAGAACAAGGUCAAUUAACAAAUAUUCCGACGCGCCUUUCGAGGUUUCUACUGCGUUGAGCACUAAAACUCUGAAGUGCUCAGGCUACAUCCACUCGAAGUACUCAGACAGCUGUGGUACAUACUACUACUGUUCCGACGAGAAGCCAGGAUACUUUAGACGCUUCUUGCAGAUGUUGGGAUUGCAUACCACCAAGCGCGUAAUAAUCGCCGGAACAGUUUCGUUGGUGACCAUUGGUCUCAUAUACUGGAUUUGCCAUCGAUUCUUCAGGGCCAAGGAAACCACCAAACACUACGAUGCCUACAUGGGCAACUACGAAUACGAUGAUCCGUCUGACGUCAACAACGAAGCGGAGCAAAGACUCUCAUCUGACGCCUAUAUCUGGGGAGAGGCGACAUCUAGACCCAGCGAUGUUACCCCGGUACACCUCACGAAAAUCGGAUGA